GUGUCGUAUCACCUAUGGGUGCUCCAUAAGCACAAAAAACUAAAUUCGUUCGCCAGGGUCACGAUUUCUUCGCAUGCGGGAUCGCGUCGAGAAAUAUGAGAGUUCCGAGUUUCUUCUGAACUCCGCCUCGAAACCACAGUUCGCAAAAUGGAAGAGCCUCCGUCCAUCGCCGACACCACCGAGGAGAUCACCAUCGUCAGUGCACCACCGGCGAGGAAUUCAAGCCCACCUACUAUCGCAGCAAAUCACAGCGAGACCGAUCUCGAAGAAUCCCGACCAGGCGGAGCCGAGGGCACGCUCGAGAACAACAGCAGCAGCGAUACACUGUCGAAGGGCUUAUCCACGAUUCUCUCGAAUGUGAUAAGGGACUUCGAUUCGCAAGCUCGGACCACGCUCAGAAGCCAAGACCAGCUUAAUUCCUCUCUCGAUCGUCUCACCGGAGAGCUCGAUCGGUUGCUGGAAGAUGCGCCAUUGCCGUUCAUAAUGCAGCACGCGGCGAAGAUUUCCGCCGUCCGAAAGAGAGUGUUGUCCCUGAACUCUCUGCUCAGAGCCAUACAGCGGCGCAUUGAUAACAUGGAUCGCGCGCUGUCUAUGGGGACGCAGCAAGAGAAAACUGGCUCGGGGACUUCCUGACAUUGCAUUGAUUUCCGAUCGAAAGGUACAUAGUCUCUAUUGAGUCUCUGAGCUUUGAUGUGCAUUCUGUCCUCAAAGAGUCUUUAGUGGAAUUGUUUUUACUAUAUUAGUGAUUUCUGGUUCAUGAUCAGCUUGAAUUGUUAAGAGGGUGAGAGUUGCUUUUGAUUCUAGACAUUAAAUGUGUGCCUUCAUCAGCCUUUGUGAACCGAAGCUCCUUUGCAUCAGGCAAUUUCCCAAUGACCAUAGAAAUAUAAUAUUAGCUAAUACAUACUUUAUACAUCUGCUGAUCUCAAAGAAGUCGAACAAUUAACACGCAGGCACUUCUCUUGUCCUCUUGAUGUAGCUAAGGUAUACUUAUAGUCUUGCUGUUGUUCGGCCAGCUACGAGCUUAAGUUCAUCUUUGCUGUUAAGAGUUGGAAUAGGUUGAGUGCGAAAUCCUUUUUCUGGUACAAAAGUCAUUUGAAAGAGUUUGUUUACAUUCAUUGAGUAGGCAGCAUGGUUAAGUUGAUGCCUUGGAGAUUUUACUUUUAGGGUAUACAUGCAUAAAUAUUUAUCAGAUAGAGGUUCCUUCAACUUUAUAAUAUGUCUCUUAAUCAGAGUAGCAGUUCCAUCUUUGCUUCUGAAUCGAGCACUGAAAGGGGUCAUUGUGCAGGAAUGGGAAGCAUUGCUUGCUGGCCAAGGUGUUAGACUUUGCAUGCCAUCAGUUAAAGCACCAAACUCGUCUUAAUAACACACAAUUGACAUUUUCCAUUUCCUCCGUCUGACAUCCGUAAGUUUUUGCUAUUAUGACGGAGGAAAGGAAAAUGCUAACAAUAGCGUAUUAACGACGAGUUUGGUGCUUUUGUUGAUUGGAUUCCCGAGUAACAGUGCCCACCACGAACACGUAUAAACCCCCCAUUGCUGUCAUAUCCUGGAUGCCAUAGAGCACACCCAAGGAGUCUGUGAAGAGAACUGAAAGAUCAAGGCAGUUUGCUUCCUGUAUUCCCAUUUCCAGCCUUUCGUUUCAUUGAGCAAGAUACAUCAGACUAAUACCAUGUCGGAGAGCUUCCUGCACUCAGGUCUAGGAAGCAGGACCUGCAACUUCACAGCAAUAGAGAUUAGAGUAUAACCCUUUUUUCUUUACUUCUGCCUGUUUUCGCUAUUCGUUGACUGGUAAUGUAAAGACUGUAGCCAUUAUAGUCCUGAAAUAGACGUUUACGGUUUAA